ACUGAUGAAGAGAUGAUGAUGAUGAUGAUGAUGAUGAUGAUGAUGAUAUAUAUCAUUUCACUGUUGAUUAUUAAUAAGGAAAAAAACCUGUAGUAUCACAACUGAACCAAACUCAGUCCAUAUACAACAUUUUAUUUAAGGUGUGUAAUUUAUUCAUUGUGGCCUCAUUAGAAAAUUAUACAAAACUUUUUUUUACAAAACAUCAAUUUUGUUAAUAAAAUUAUUUAAAAAAAGUGAGUAUUAUUAAUACCAACUGAAGCCUUUUUCGUGUCAUUUUAUCGUAGUCUUCUAAUUCUUUAUAAAGGAUGCAUUUUAAAUGCACCCUUUUACAUAUAUGUGAAAAAGUAUGUAAUACACCCUUGCCUCUUACUCUUAUUUACGUGAAUCUUGAAGUACUAGGGAGGAAUGUAGGUCAGGGGUGUAUAGACCGUAAUUUACCUUCGCCAUUUCCUGACCUAAUUGCAGAAAAUUCUGAUUUCAUCUCUAUAAAUAAGAGGGAAAAAUCGAAUUCAGUUAUACGUGGGACUCAUAUAUGGCCAGUCAAAACACCUACAGAACUUUCUUCAUGAGUGAAAUUUUAUAAGUAAGUCAAUCCUUGGCGAUAUUCUCAUCAGUAGCGAUUCGCAAAUGAAAACAGAACAAUGAUGGUGACCAAAGUACUAGUGCUAGUGACUGUGUUGCAAAUACAAACUUGUGUCACAAUUAAAAAUAAUUUUGAUAAAACGAGCGAAAUACUCUUCAAUUUGACAAAUUAUGCCAUCGAAAGUCGCCAAAUUCGCAACCCGUGUCUUUACGAACGAGAUCAAUCCAAAUAUUAUACUUGUCUCAAAAAAUUAAAACUGCGCCAGUAUGGCCAUAUUUCUUUCAACUAUCACCCCCAAAAACCCUACUCCAGUUUCGCCCAGUAUCAAUAUCCUUCUCGCCCACACCAAGAACAGCAAAGCGUCAUGGAUGUGUUGUAUACAAUUGCAAAAAAUGAUGCACUUCGUUGCGUCCAAAGAUUACUUUGCGAAGUUACUUCAGACACGAUAUCCAAAAGUCGGCAAGGUUUCGCUUUACCGACUUUUCCAUUUAAUAUUGAUAUGGGAUCAAUAAUUAGAUUGUUGGCAACUAUAGACAUUCCAAGUGGUUCACCGAUUCCGGUUUUCGCGAAAGCCGCUCUUUUGGGUUAUGUCUCGAAAGGAAAUUCAGAUUCUUGUUUAGAUGCGUACCCUCAGUGCCCACGUGAUCCGAACAAACUGGUUCACUAUUUGAAUAAUUAUAAUGGAGGUUUCUUCAGGUUUUUUAAAGGAGUAGACACGCGACCGAGUCAAGUAAUAAAUUACCCUCAAAAUUUUCCUUUAAGACCCUAUCAGAAUUCGAUUGCACAGGAAAGGAUACAGAAUAGGCCGACACAACAAGAUGUUUCGAAUAAUUAUGUUGGUGGUAGUGACCCGGUUCUCUUUUCUGAUAGUGACGCCAGUUUUAAUGUGUAUAGUAGGUUACCUAAGACCUUAUCGUUCCCCACCGACGAUGAUAAUCGUUUUAACGAAUUUACAUUCAAGAAACCGAAGGAAUUACCUUUUUCCAUUAGUGAAUAUUACUCUAAUGAAUUGGAUUUACAAAGGCCUCUACCUAAUCAUAGGGUAACCCCUAUGAUAUUUCCUGACAGAACAGGAACUGGAGAUUUGAGGCUGGAUUUGGAGGAAUUAAAUGAAAAUUAUAAACAGUCGUAUAAUCUUCAAAACAACUUCGUAAGCUUCAGACCUGUGGAAUCUAAUAUAGGUUCUUAUUAUCGAGGACCAGAGGGUGAUUCAACCGACGAAUUCAAUACUAACAAGGCUGUAUUUAGUUUCCCCGUUUAAUUUAUUAUUUUAUAAAAAUGUGUUUUUGA